AUGUAUUUGAUAAAAAACAAGAAAAGAAAUGAGGCAGGAACCCUUUCCAGUGAUACAGCGAGUUUUCGUAUGAGACUUCCUCACGUCCUGUUGGCAUGUGAAAAGGCUAGUCUAUCUCUCUUGGAAAAUCUAGCACAUGAGGGCUCAAGAUGUUGCCAACUCCCAAGAACUUGCGAGGGAGGAGCCAUGGCUUCCCAGAUCUCAAUUUUGAAGCAACAAAUCACCCAUGACGAUCGAAAGUUCGAGUUCAUGGUACUUUUAGCCGAUAUGACACAGUAUCUUCGAUUGAAAGACUUUCAUCGACGUCCAGCAGCUCGAUCAACCUUGCGAGAAUCUGAUUGCGAUGUCGGACAAUCCAAUCCUGGAUGGAAAUGCAUCACCGCAGAUCGAGGAAGAGAUAUCAACAGAAACGACUGUGAUAUGCAAGAUAUUCCAUUGCCGGGGUUUAAACGAGCGCAUUCAACUUCCUCAUGGAGGUUUGAUCGUCCCAGAAAGACGGCCUACUAUCAUGAUACGUUGAAGGACCCGAUUCUCGACGAUCAGGAACUAUCCUCACUUUCAGUCGUGUCCAGUUUUGUCAAGUUUCCAAAGAUCAUCAGGGUUACAAAGUUGCAACAGAUGUGA